GCUCGUCCAUAGAGGGCACAUCAUCACCAGCGCGCUUUUCACCAUCACGGCAGACCUCGGCGGCGGUGGCUGCUCAUUCAUCUGAGUUCCAGAUGGCUACUCCCUUGCUGCCAUGGUGAUGUUACCGCUCAUGGCCCGGGCGGCCAACGCCGCUGGCUGACUCUGGCCUCGGUUGCCCUGUUCACGGUGGCAGCGGAACCUGUGGCGGUUCGGAACUCCCUCGCUGUGCUUAUUGAUGGGCGUGUUGUGGAAGUUCCUAAGGUUCUGGACUCGAUUCACAGUUUGUCUAUCCCGUCCCGCGAAGGGCAGCGUACAUCCGUGUGAGGUCGACGAAUGUGAUCGUUCCUCUUGUUCUCGGGUUUCUUGGAAUCGGUCUGUUCUUGGCCUACGAGUGGACCGCGGCGAGGGACCCUUCACUCCCUCGGGGCGCCGUCAUGGAGCGCACGGCGACUACCGCUCUUGCCGUCACGAUUGGGCCCCUCACUUGCCGCUACAUCUCAUUGGCAUGGCCAUCAUCACCCUCUCGUCUGGUAUCUUCAGCAUUCUCGAUCAGGAUUCGGCCGCCACGGCUGCAAAGGCGUGCUCCCAGCUCUUCUGCGCCAUGGGCUCCGGCUUGAUGAUUCCCAUCCUCUCGCCGGCAUACAGGUGCCAUUGAACCAAAGCCUUGUCGCCGCGUUAACCGGGGUUUGGAGCUUUGUCCGAGCCUUCGCCAUCGUUUGGAUGUGACCAUUCCUGCAGCGUUUCGACAACCAGUGCAGCUUGAGGGCCGCCAGCUUGAGAGAU